CGAGAGGCUGCUGGGGCGCAGGACGCCGGGGCUGUGCUCUGCAGGAACAAACACGCUCUGGAAUUUCAUUUCUGCCCUCGCAAGCAGCUCGCUUCCCGCCCCGUGGGGCGAGCCACAGCCAGCCAGCGCGCAGCCAAAGAGCUCGUUUCGCAGAAAGAAGACUGAGAGAGAAACACCAAGUGCCGAUGCUUUGCAGCGGCCAGGAAAUCGUCUCCUAAAGCACACCUUCCCCAGCACAUUCGGAUGGACAAGGCUUCACCACCACGAGCUGCAGCCAGGAAUAAAGCAGAAAGUUCUCCGACGGCUUCACUGAACCGACGGGGAGAAUGGAAGUAAGCAAGCGCCGGGAUGACCUCAUCUGCCACAAAUGACAUGUUUUUUGACUUUUGAAGGCUGGCUAUGUGAUUACAAAUAGCACUUGGAAGAGAAGAGUGACCUCCUGGAGAUAUACUUCCCUGCUUACAGAGCUGGUGUUCCUCCUCUGAAGCUUUACAGUGCACCAAACUUACCAAAGCACACAGUUCAAAUACAUCUGUUCUUCCGGAAUCAAAACAAAAGUUGCAACAAAGAUAGCAGAGAAACCUCCAAAUCACAGGAAUUUUAAGCAUACCAUUAUAAUGGUAAGCUCUAAUUGUUCCACUGAGGACUCCUUUAAAUAUACUUUGUAUGGGUGUAUCUUUAGCAUGGUCUUUGUUCUUGGCCUCAUAGCAAACUGCGUUGCUAUCUACAUUUUUACUUGUACGUUAAAAGUGCGAAACGAGACUACGACUUACAUGUUGAACUUAGCAAUAUCGGAUCUGCUUUUUGUGUUUACAUUGCCCUUCAGGAUUUAUUACUUUGUGGCGAGAAACUGGCCGUUUGGAGACAUUCUUUGCAAGAUUUCCGUCACUCUCUUUUAUACAAACAUGUAUGGGAGCAUUUUAUUCCUGACUUGCAUAAGCGUGGAUCGCUUUUUAGCUAUAGUACACCCCUUUCGAUCCAAGACUCUCCGGACCAAAAGGAACGCAAAGAUUGUGUGUGCUGCAGUGUGGAUAACCGUGUUAGCAGGCAGCACACCAGCGAGCUUCUUCCAGUCCACGAACCGACGGAAUAAUACCGAACAAAGAACGUGUUUUGAGAACUUUUCGGAGGACACGUGGAAAACCUACCUAUCCCGGAUCGUUAUCUUCAUCGAAAUAGUCGGGUUUUUUAUCCCUCUCAUCUUGAACGUGACCUGCUCUAGCAUGGUCUUACGGACUUUGAAUAAACCGCUUACAUUAAGCCGGAAUAAAUUAAGCAAGAAAAAGGUACUCAAAAUGAUUUUUGUCCAUUUGGUGAUAUUCUGCUUCUGCUUCGUGCCUUAUAACAUUACCUUAAUACUUUACUCCCUUAUGAGAACACAGACCUGGAUUAAUUGCUCGGUGGUAACUGCAGUGAGGACCAUGUACCCCAUCACUCUGUGCAUCGCUGUUUCUAACUGCUGUUUUGACCCUAUAGUCUAUUACUUCACGUCAGAUACAAUUCAAAACUCGAUUAAAAAGAAUCGGUCCACUAGAACACGGGACAUCAGAUUCUCCGAAACGCCGGUUUCGGAAAACUUCAUUCAACACAGCCUUCAGAGCAUAAAAAUGAAAAUAUUUGACAGUGACUCUACCAUAUAAACUGUAUUAAAAGACUAGUGGGACUAAACUGGAAUGAGAAGCCUGCACAUUUCUUCAGCUGUGGAAACAUAUCAUGACACGUUAAUGUUACACUUCAUAUCAGAAAAGUCUGUGAUAAGACUGUAAAAGUGUUAAGCGUAAUAGUACACAGAAAAAGUAUUUUAAGAACUUAUGGCAAAUGUCUUGCUCUGACAGGUUGUAUGUUAGAAAUGAACUUUUGCUUUUGGUUUAGGUUAACUAAAGUCCAGAGACCGUCUGUCAAGUCAAACACAAGAGAAAAUGUGGGUUGUUUUUGUCCUGAAGUUAAAGCAAUUGCUCAUUUCUGAUGAUUAUAUUAGCUUCCCAGUUACUGAGGAUGGUGGUGAAACUACAUGGUUUACACUGGAGGAUACAGUUGCUGAGGUAAACAGUACUAUAUUGACCAUAUCACUGCAGCUACUGUGCCUGCUCCCAAGUCUUUCCUCCUCUCUUACUCCUCCCUCCUGUUGUUCUCCCUGCACCUUCCUUCUUAGGGAUCAUUACAUUCACAGGAGGCUUUGAUCAAUGGGCUACAGGAACUUCAUUUCUCCUGGGGUUUAUCUGAUGAAAUAUAUGCUCUCUCCACAAGCCUGGCCCCCAUAAAGCAAUUAAAUAUUCUGGUAGUUUAGGGCAUCUGGAAACAACUCAGACAAACUGGUUUUUCUUCUCACCUCUGUCUCAGAUGUCUGUGUAAUUAUAACAAAAUAACCUCUGACUACUAAAGUUAGUGCUUUAGAUACAGUACCACUUUAUUAAACUCUUUUGUGAGAAGUUCUUCAACUUGACUUGACGUUUGAGCAAAACAACAGCCUCCAAAUAAGGAAAUUCAGUCUCAAAGUCGUAGUUUCUUAGAAAAACAAGACCUUUACUAACUAGAAAUGAGCAUGUGCAUCAACCCAAACACUUCUUCUAGGAAGCUAUUUGGUGUCCUGUAAAGAACUCAAGACACAGUGAUUUUUAGAGUGAAACUUCCUCUCAAUCUCUGUCUCCUAGAAAUACUUUUAAUGUGAACACUUAAAACUUCAAAUGCUAUUUUCCUGUAAACCUUAUAAAGUAUAAACAUAAAUUAUGCGGGGCUAUGUGCUGGCAAAAUUACACUUCAAAAAGUCAAAGCCAGGUAAAAGGAGAACUCUAUGUGUAUUACUGUUACAAACAGGAAGAUAUAGGCAAUAGUGCUUUAAAACAUACUGCUGUGUACGUUUCAUGGCUGUUAGAACAUUGUGUACAUUUUUCUCAAGAUUAAUUUAACACUGCUGUAAAAUUGAAUAAAUAUUUUAA